GGUCACUGCUCCACAGAACCACAGCUAAACGAUCCAGUGAAAACCUCCUGUCUAAUCAUGAACGGCAAACUUGUGGCUGUCCUGGCUCUUCUCCUGAUUUCAGCGGCUAUGUCUCAAGGUAGGGCCCUGGCAAGGAUGGGAACCGAGCUCCGGUGCCAGUGCAUAGCCACUCAUUCAAAGUUCAUCCCUCCUAAAUCCAUUCAAGAUGUGAAGCUGACACAGAGUGGCCCCCACUGCAAGAACGUUGAAGUCAUAGCUACUCUGAAGGACGGCAGAGAGGUGUGCUUGGAGCCCACUGCUCCCUGGGUACAGCUGAUCAUAAAGGCAAUUUUGGCCAAGGCUCAACUCAAUUCUGACUCGCCACUCUAAGAAGCACCAGGACAGAAAAAAUCUGGGAACUGCUCCCGUUCCUCCGUUGAGAGAAACAUUCAGGAAAAGCAUCAUUCAGGCAGUGUACCACCUUCCACCUCCUGCAUCAGUGUUGUUAUGUUAAUUAUGGAUUAUUUUAUUUAUUUAUUUAUUUAUUUGACUGCAUCUAUUUA